UCCAAAGAUGGAGCUGCAAGAAGAAGAUAUGAAUCGUUUGAUGAAGUUAUUUACUGAAUUUUUGAAAGUAUUGUACAAUGAUUUCAAUUUAUUAGACGUUUUACCUAGAGAUUCAUUGGAGCACAAUGUAGAUGUGUGUACAGAAGAAUUUAUCAACAGUUUAAAGAGACUCGUAACAGAUUUAAAGGAUAUACAAAAGAAAUUACAAGAAAAUCAGGACAAACUCAACAAUGAUAAAAGCACAGAUGAUUCAGUGGAAUUAGGUGACACAAAUGUAGAGAUGGAGAUGAUUGAAUGUAAGGGUGAUAGUUUACAACAUAAGACUCAGGAUACCUAUCAAACCCAGUCAUCUGUCCAAGCUUGUGAAAAAGACAACAUUGCCAACAGUAACAUACAAAUUAAAGCUUCUAGCCAAGAGAUAGAAAGGAGAAUUGCUGCUUUCAUUGAACAAAAGAGACAGGAGGUGGAUGAACUAAAUAUAAGAGAAUUCUGCUCAACGGUCUCACCAGUGUCAGAAACUGACAGUAGCUGUGCCCGUGUUGAUUCAGUGUUUGAUACCAGAAUUGGUGGAAAAAGUCAUAUCAAAGUGACACGAGUGGUAAAUCUUCAAGGACCACAAACCCAGGUCAGUCAGCCUAACCAUCUUACUGUGGUAAAGAAGGAACCCGUGGAGGAUCCAAGUUUUUCUGCUGGGAUAGAGGAGCGUCUUCAAAAUAUAGAGACCCACCUCAAGCUUGAUAAAAGAGAACAAAGAACAGAUCUAUUCACCAGGGUUAAGAAAAUGGAAGAGCGAAUAUUAUACUUGGAAAGUCUGUCACCAGAAUACUUCAGUAGUGGAAUACCUUUACCCAUGUCUUCCAAAAGAAGAAGAGCAUCAGCUAGACAACCUGUGAAUUUUCAGGAUGUGAAUAAUAUGACAGUAUCAGAUAUUGAUGAUCGAAUUCAUAUGCUGAGAGAAUCUUUGAGGAGGAAGGCCAUGAACAGAGUUUAACAAUUCAGAUCUCUACACUAUCAAAUAGGGACAUUUCUGUACUACAUGUAUUCUUUGCCCAAACUUCGGUGUGCAGUAUGCAGCUUGCAUCAUUAUCAUUGUCAAAGCAUGAAAAAGAGUUAGGGUAUGGAUUUUCAUUGAGGAAAAAAAAAACAAAUACAUGUAAAAGGAAAUCUGUUACUUUAUUUUAGGAAAUUUCUACUUGGAUGGACUUAUCCAAUAAUACUUUCUGUGUUGGCACUGUAAGAUAAAUGUGUAUAAUGAUAAAUUAUGACAAGUAGGCAUAGAAGAUAGAAUGUCAGCGAUUGUGCUUUGCAAGUCUCAUACAAAAUAUUAAUGACAUAAAAAUAAAAUGUACCUGUGUAUUAAAAAUAUUGAUAAAAUGAA